UAAAGUAAGAACACUACAGACAAACAGAACAACAGAGAACGAAGGAAAAUACAUUAUUUAUAACAGACAUUUGCUGCAUUAGAUCCUGAUUACUUGUAAAAUGGGAAAUUAUUGUUGCUGUACUGGAAAGUUUAAUCCAGCUAACCAGAAAUGUCACAGCUGCCAUUCAGCACCACUUGCCUUUCAUCCUGUGGCCAGAGGAUCAGCGAUUAAGUUUGCUAGUUGUGGAAAGCAAGCUCAGCGAGGGUCUGGAUUCUGUAAUGGCAUUGUUUUCAUCAGCAGUGCAAUUAAGGUUAUGGAAAAAGUGGUGCUUAAGAUCACAGACUCGGUGGAUAGAUGGGAAGGAGAAUUACGACUGGGCUUUACUUCAAUUAACCCUUCUGAUAUUGAUCCUUUAUGCCUUCCUCAAUAUGCCUGUCCAGAUCUGGUACAACAGCCAAGAUUCUGGGGAGGACUUCUGAAAAGGGAAGAUAUGGUGUCCAGAGGAUCUGUCAUUGAGUUCUGGGUGAACAAAAAAGGAAGUGUAUGCUACAGAGUGGAUGGCAGUAAGACCUAUAAUCUUUGUGAUGGUGUCCCCACCAAGACUCACAUCUGGGCAUUUGUGGACAUCUAUGGAAGAACCAGAGCUAUCAGACUACUUGGCAUAUUUAAGAACAAGAAAUUCUACAAAUUUCAGAGUGGAAAUCACUGCUAUAAAUCUAUUAACAACCGUGGACUGGAAAUGGCAGAACCGAUUCACAUUUCUCCUUUUCCUAAUGAUCUCAUAUAUGCUAACACAAGACAAAACACUUGCCAAGACAGAAUGCAGUCCACAGGCAAUGAAUGUAUGAUCUGCUGUUCACAGGGCAUCAACAGUGUAUUCUACAAAUGUGGUCACAUGUGCAUGUGCUACGUGUGUGCACAGACCAUGUAUAAGAGAAAUGCACAGUGCCCCAUCUGUCGGCAACCGAUAUUAGAUAUCAUCAAGACAUUCCAAAGUGUGGAAUGACCAUAACACUUGACGACACUGCUGAACAACACAGGGUUUCUUACCCUCAGGAAUUAUGGCUCAAAGGGACUGCCUUACACUUCACUGCCCAGGGUCUGCCAUUAUCAACCCGACUUUGAGGCCCAGCAGCAGAAUCCUGAUUGUGAAAGGUUCCUUAUAGAAGGAGAGAUGGAAAGGAAAUGGGUCAAAGAGCAGUAAGGAAUAUGUGACAAAGAACUACAGAACCACAUCUAUGCUUAUCUGAAACAAUGUGCAGUCAUUCAGAGUGUGAGACUGAAAUGCAAGUUCUGACACAGACCAAAGAAAAUGGCAAAUAGCUGAUGUCUUGUAAGUGUUUUAAAACAAAAUUAAAACCAAGUAAAUGGAAGGUAAACUGGUUAAAAAUAAAUGAUAUAUUGAUAGUAAAUAAGUAUGUGCCUUCUGUUUAUUUGUUUUGAAAGCACCCCAUUAAAUAAGAAUGAUAUACUGAUACUAAGUAUUUGCCUUUUGUUUAUUUGUUUUGAAAGCACCCCAUUAAAUAAGAAUGAUAUACUGAUACUAAGUAUUUGCCUUUUGUUUAUUUGUUUUGAAAUAACCCCAAUAAAUAAGAAUGUUAUAUUGAUAGUAAGUAUGUGCCUUUUGUUUAUUUGUUUUGAAAGCACCCCAAUAAAUAAGAAUGAUAUAUUGAUAGUAAGUAUGUGCCUUUUGUUUUGAAAGCACCCCAAUAAAUAAGAAUGAUAUAUUGAUAGUAAAUAAGUAUGUGCCUUCUGUUUAUUUGUUUUGAAAGCACCCCAAUAAAUAAGAAUGAUAUAUUAAUUGCAUGUGCCUUUUGUUUAUUUGUUUUGAAUGCUCCCCAAUAAAUAAGAAUGAUAUAUUUAUAGUAUGUGCCUUUUGUUUGUUUUGAAAGCACCCCAAAAAAUAAGAAUGAUAUAUUGAUAGUAAAUAAGUAUGUGCCUUCUGUUUAUUUGUUUUGAAAGCACCCCAUUAAAUAAGAAUGAUAUAUUGAUACUAUUUGCCUUUUAUUUAUUGGUUUUGAAAGAACCCGAAUAAAUAAGAAUGAUAUAUUGAUAGUAAGUAAGUAUGUGCCUUCUGUUUAUUUGUUUUGAAAGCACCCCAAUAAAUGUUGUUGUUGUGUCUUUCAGCUUUUCCCGGUUAGGGGUCGCCACAGUGGAAUUCCGGUCCGCUAAUGAUUG